AUGGACGUAAAGUAUGAACAAUGCGUAAAAUUCAUUUCCAAGCGAAUUCAAAAUUACACCAAACCAGAAGUAUUGAAGAUGUGGGUGAAUGAAGCCGUGGAGAAUGUGCCAGAUUUGAAGACUGUGAACCAAGAAUGCAAAAGUUUCUACCAAAGCGUAAACACUAAACUCGCCAGAAUCGUUGCAAGUGAUGGUUAUAGCUUGGCAGAGCAAGUGCAGUUGGCAUUCAUCUUCAGUCGCGAAGUUAGCAAAAAUUUUGUGAAAAAAUUGACGGACAACGGCUACAAAGUUAAGGUCAACUUCAAAAAUAGAAUCAUUUAUGUAAGCUCCAAAGACAAAUUAUACUGCCGAUCGAGCGACCAGGGACAAAAUGAUCUGCACUUCAAAGGCGAGCCAGUUUCAAAGCGCCGGUAUGGAGAAAUGAAGAUUGUGACGGGAAAUGGCCAAGCAACAACGCCAACUACUCAAAACUCUCAGCACGGUCCGACGGCCUCGCUUCCACCAGCCCAAGGACAAGGGUCCGGACAGUGUUUAAGCAAAAGAGCUCGAGAGCCAUCUCCAACGAAAGCGGUUGCCGACUCCAAACGAUGCAAGCCAGCAAGCCCAACGUCUUCAAACGCGCCCUCUGGAAAUCGCUCGCUCUCUCCUCCACGGACGCUUCCAGCCACUCACCUCUCCACUGACUCCGAAAAUGAUCCAGUGAUGAAUCAAGACGAUACCAUUGAAAUCAUCCCGCCUCGAAUCCCAUUCUGGAUGUUGCCAGUUCCCUCGGGCAUGGUCAAGGUUACAAAAACUCAGCAAGCAGUCUGGAGAAUCGCAACCGAAUGCAAAAUUGACCUCAGAGAAAUUGAUAUAGUUAAAUACAGCAACAACUUGAACGGCCGUGAACUACUGACUGCUUCCGAGUGUAAUAAUUUCAUAGUAAAUGCAAUCAAGGCGAUUAGACGAGUAAGGGAACCCGCGACUUCUUUCUGCUCGAACGCCAAUUUCCUUCCACUCGUAAAACUGUUUUGUGGUUUCACCGAACUUUUUAUCGAGCCACUUCAUGAAAAGCAUGGGAAUAUUCUUGGUGACUCGUUGGAUUACAUGGACGAGCAGAUUUCGGACCUCGGAACCAGAGUUUAUACAAAUGUGGUUCCCAGAAAGGAGAUUCGUUCAAUCUUGGUGACGAUUCUGGAGUUAGUCACCCCCAAGGAGUUUCAGGCUCCAGUCGACAUUUUUGUCGAAUCUCCAUAA